UUGCAGUAGGAAGCAGAACGUGGUGUUACAAGGCCGGUUGCUUUGUUUCUCUUGAGUGUGUUUGUGUACAGAUAUCUGGCGUGCCUGGACUUGGGAAUCAACAUUUUGCCCAAUGAUACAUGAGGCGAAAGAGCUGAUCGAGAGCAACUUCUUGAACAGGGCGGGGUGCAGGACAAAAUACAAGCAAGCAGAUUCUUCUGUACUUAGAUUCAGGGAACAAAUCAAGCAGGAGGCUGUGUUUACUGUCCAAAGAAUCUGGAUGGAACUGAACCAGCCUGGCAGCAGGAGGUGAGCGCCAGCUUGAAAGCGUUUUCCUGGAUACAUCCAAAGUUUGUUCUAAUCGUCCAGUUCUGUCACUUUCAGCAUUGCUGUCUCUGGGCCAGGAAUUUUUGCACACCAGAGUGGAAUGGUGGAAGAAGGGAGAAGCCGGGGAGAUCGGGCUCCUCGUGGUGGCGGGCCACGGGGAUCCCCACGUCCUCCAGCCCUGCCACGUCAUGGCGUCUCAGUGGUGGGCAAAGCUGUGUGGACAGUGGCGCGGUCAGGGAAAGGCUGGCGUUUUGAGCGAGCGGUUGGGGUGGACUGCAGCUUGCCCGAACCCCGUUGCAUCUGGCUGACGAAUUUGCGAAAUGACAAUGCGGAAUGGUGGGAGAGGCGAUGGCGCCGCGCUGGGGCAGUGAUGGCCCAGCAGAAGUGCCGUGGAAGACUCAGGAUGGACAGGAAUCUUACGCAGCCAAGGCUGGGCCAGAGAGAUGGUACGGCCAGCAACGCCAAUGCCCCCUCCGUUGAGUCCUUUCCCUGGGUUGGACCAAAGACGGUGGUGCUGCGCAAGAACUCACAGGGGGGUUAUGGCUUCACUCUCCGGCAUUUUAUUGUCUAUCCUCCAGAGUCUGCGGUUCAUUCCAACAUCAAGGAGGAAGAAAAUGGAAACAGAACGGGUCCCCCGCGAAAUCGUCUUGAACCCAUGGACACCAUUUUUGUGAAAAGUGUGAAGGAAGAUGGGCCAGCUCACCAAGCUGGCCUAAGGACAGGUGACCGUCUUGUCAAAGUGAAUGGUGAAAGCAUAAUUGGGAAAACCUACUCACAAGUUAUUGGCCUCAUACAGAACUGUGAAGAUGCUCUGGAACUCUCCAUCAUGCCCAAAGAUGAGGAUAUUCUGCAGCUGGCAUAUUCUCAAGACGCUUACUUAAAGGGCAAUGAACCAUACUCUGGAGGAGCUCAGAGCAUCCCUGAACCACCACCCAUAUGUUAUCCUCGCAAAACCUACCCGUUCCAGUCAAGACCUUCUCCUCAGGAUGUUUCAACAACUGAGACCUACCAGGGACAGCAGGUGGACAACAGACAGCCAUACCAUUCGGGAUCCUCUGGCCUGUCCUCUUCAUUGAACACCACUGGGGUUCACAGAGCCCCCUUGAGUGCCUGGGCAGAAUCCACACAGAACUUCAGUAGCAAUCAUUCUAGCCCAGCCCAUCGUACAGAGGAGGUCCAAUAUGGAAUGACUCAGAGAGUGUCUGUACAGAGGCCCCUUCCAGCCUCCAGCUCCUUUUCCCGCUAUUCCAACAGCAGUUGUCCGGGUUCUAUACCUUCCCCCUUGCCUGAGAGGUAUUGUGUUCCUUCUGCUCCCUCUAUGCCCAACCACGCCUGCUACGGACCCCCCAAACAUCUCCCUGACCACUGCCCUCAUGGUGGCUUGAAGGAUGCUACCCGUGAGGGCCGGCCUUCUAGGGACUGCAUUGGGGCUGGCCCCAAAUCCGUCAGCCGUCUAGAAUGCCAACAGGCCUUGUCCAACUGGAUCUCAAGUCAAGUGCCACGACGAAGCUCUUCAGAGGAGCGUCAUGGUGCCAUGCCACCUCGCUACCGGAGUGUCUCACAAGAUCGUCUCGGGGAUGCCCCAGCUGCCCGGGGUUGGCCUCACAGUGCUUCCCAGGACACCUUAAUCCAGUCACCUGCCCAUGAUGGUUGGAAUUACCGAGCAAGAUCAGAUAACUAUCUGGUGAAAUAUGGGCGGUCCUUGGAAGCUCUUGAGCAGGGUGCCUUGGUUUCCCCUCGAUAUGAGAGGUCUGUAUGGCCACCGGACAGGUUUUACCGGCAUGGGCAAAUUAACAGAGCCCAGCCUAAUCAUCCAGGGUCUUAUAUUUCUUCUGCAUCUUCCAGGGACCCACCCCCUGCACAUGUACAAAAACACCCUUCCCAACCAAACCUUCAGAGCAUUGAUGAUUCUGGAUACAUUGGUUACCGAAGCUACAGCCCCUCAUUUCAACGUCGAACUGGCUUGCUCCAUGCCCUUUCUUUCCGGGAUGCUGCCUUUGGUGAUCUUCCCACUUUUAAUAUUUCACAAAGGCAAGGAAACCACUCAACACCACCUUAUGUUGAGAGGUCUUUGCCCACUGCCAUGAUCCCCAGUGCCCCUCCUCCUUGCUUGGACCCUCUUCUGGGCAGUAGCCCAGAGAUCCCAAUGGACCAAAAACUGGCCAAACAGGAGAAUGAUGUCAAGCCUCCUGAGCAGUCUUCUCCACCUCAGGCUACGGAACGGUUGCAGUCUGAGGUGGAGGAGAGGAGAGAUGAAGUGGUUCUCCGGCAAAAGCCCCCAACUGGACGCAAAAUGCCUCCUCCUGCAAGACAGAUGAACUUUGUUUUCCCAGACGACAUGAAGGAAACAGACAUUUGUGAUCCGCCUCCACCAGCGCUGGCAGCUGGUAAAGAGAACAAGCGAGGUGUGGCCCCAUUGGCUACACCGGAAGAUUCGCUAGCAUCCAUCCCAUAUAUUGAUGAACCGACAAGCCCCAGUAUUGACCUGAAGGCAAAGCACAUUCCCGCCUCCUCUGUUGUCUCCAGUGCCAUGAACUCGGCUCCUGUGCUCUCUGCGAGCCCCUCCUCACCUACGUUCACGUUUGCUGUCAACCGCCAUUAUUCCCAAGAUUGCAGCAACAUCAAAGCCAGUCGCCGGUCUUCCUACCUCUUAGCCAUAACCACAGAACGUUCCAAGUCAUGUGAUGAUGGUCUGAAUACAUUUCGGGAUGAGGGAAAGCUGCUCAGGAGGUUGCCAAGCCGCGUUCCAAGCCUCCGCAUGUUACGAAGCUUCUUCACUGACGGGUCCUUGGACAGUCUUGGUACCUCUGAAGACACCCGAUCAAAGCGGCAUUCAACCUCUGACCUGUCAGAUGUCACUUUUAGUGAUGUGAGGAAAGAAGGCUGGCUCCACUACAAACAGAUCCUUACCAAGAAAGGCAAGAAAGUUGGCGGAGGCAUCCGGCAGUGGAAGCGGGUCUUUGCUGUCCUGCGUGCACACUCGCUCUACUUAUGCAAGGACCGUCGGGAGGCUGUGGCCAUAGCCCCGCCCCCAGGUGAGGACGAGCAACCGCCAAUCAGCGUCCGAGCGUGCCUGGUAGACAUCUCCUACAGUGACACGAAGAGAAAGCACGUCUUCCGUCUGACGACCGCUGACUUCUGUGAAUGUCUCUUUCAGGCCGAGGAUCGGGAUGAUAUGCUGGCCUGGAUUAAAGUCAUCAGGGAGAGUAGCAAAGCCGAGGGUGAGGACCCUGGGUUUGCAAGCCAAGCACUAAUCAAUAAGAAACUAAAUGACUACAGAAAAGUGAGUUCCUCUGGGACCAAACCAGAUUCUUCGCCAAAGGGUUCUCGAAUGCCAGGGGUGAAGUCAGAAUUGCAAAAACAAAUGGGAGCAGGCCCACCUCGCUCUCCUCGGCAGGAUGCAGUAACACUAAGAGAUGACAGUGUCCAUCAGAAAACUCCCUGGGGUAUCAACAUCAUGAAGAAGAACAAGAAGCCUGCUCCAAGGGCCUUUGGUGUGAGGCUAGAAGACUGCCAGCAAGCCCCUGACAACAAGAAAGUCCCCUUGAUUGUGGAAGCCUGUUGCAAGGUUGUAGAAGACAAGGGCUUGGAAUACAUGGGCAUUUAUCGGGUUCCCGGAAACAAUGCUGUGGUAUCAAGCCUUCAGGAUCAGCUUAACAAAGGAUUUGCAGAAAUCAAUCUGCAGGAUGAGAGGUGGCAGGAUCUGAAUGUCAUCAGCAGCCUCUUGAAGUCCUUCUUCCGGAAGCUCCCAGAACCACUGUUUACAGAUGAUAAGUACAAUGACUUCAUUGAAGCCAACCGGAUUGAAGAUGCCAGUGAAAGGAUGAAGACCUUGCGCAAAUUGAUCUGGGACUUGCCAGCUCAUUAUUACGAGACCCUGAAAUUCCUGGUGGGGCAUCUAAAGACAAUUGCAGAUCAUUCCGAGAAGAAUAAGAUGGAGCCCCGGAAUCUUGCUCUGGUGUUUGGUCCCACCCUUGUUAGAACAUCGGAGGACAACAUGACUGACAUGGUGACACAUAUGCCCGACCGCUACAAAAUCGUAGAGACCCUCAUACAACAUUCAGACUGGUUUUUCAAUGACAAAGAGGACAAAGGUGAAAAGACUCCUGUUGAUGAGCAGGAGGCCCAGUCAGUGCCCAAUAUUGAGUACCUUCUGCCCAACAUUGGGAGAACAACAGCACCAGGAGAUGCUUCAGAUUCGACCAACAGUGGCUCAACUAAAUCAAAGGCUUCAUGGGGCUCACGGAAGGAGCACUACCACAAGGAGAUGCUUGCCAUCUCCUUCAUCUCAGCUGUCAACCGCAAGAGAAAGAAGCGGAAAGAGGCCAGGCGUUUUGGGAGCAGCACAGAUGAUGACUCUGAGCACGAGUUGGCUGCCAAGAGAGACGGAGAGGAAGAGGCAGCAGCUGAGGGGGAAGAAAGAGAGGCCGAGGGGCUCAGGAGCGGCCACAGAGGUCCAACCACUGAUGUGCAGAGUGGUCCAGAGUGCCCUGCAAAACUGGAAACGGAGUUGGAAGAGAGGAAAGUAGUGCCAUCUCAGGGGACCCCAGAACCAGCACUGGAUGCCCGCUCGAUUGUGUCAGGUUACUCUACCCUGUCCACGAUUGAUCGUAGCCUGUGCUCUGAGGUGCAGUCCGUAGCAGAGAGUCGGGGGGAGGAGGCAGAUGAUGAGCGGAGUGAAUUUAGCCAUGUGGAGACAGACACCGAGAAUGGUUUUGUGCCAGGGCAAGCUGGGAUGCUCCCCGGAGGAAAUGGGAUGGCAGUGGUGGGGGAAGGUAGAGCAGCUGCAUCUGACAAAGGAUCCCACAAUCGAGCCUCCUUCAGCUCCCACCAUCUCAUGCAGUGUGACACCCUGGCACGUCGCAAGCUCUCUCGGCCUCGCCACAACAGUGAGGCCUCUUCCAAGGGUAGCACUGAUGCCUCAAGUUCCAGCUUGCCAGGCAGUCAGGAGUCACUGCAGCCUGCAAGUACCACAACAGAGGUCCAUGCCCGGCCUUCCCUCACGGAACAGCUGCGCCUCCGCCUCCGCAGUUCAGCCGACGACAUGCUGGCAGUCCGCCUGCGCAAGCCUCACUCCCCUGAGACACGGCGCAAGAAGAACAGUUGGCGGCGCCACACAGUGGUGGUACCUGGUGGCCUUAAGGACCUAAAUUACAAUGAGUGGAAGGAGCAGCAUGUGUUGAGGGCUAAUGAGGCCUGUCCACUAGACUCCUCAAGCAGAGAUGCCCUGAAGGACAACAAAGACUCUGGGCUUAGCAGCUUGGAGUCCACAAAAGCUCGGCCUUCCUCGUCCACAACUGGGAAUAUAGCAGCUGCUAGCCAGCAGGGUGGCGCUGAGCAACAGCACAUUAAGGGCAGCUCUGAGGGGUGCUCAGCUCCCCGACGCACGGCCUCCUUACGCUUUCAUCAGUGUCUCUAAGUAGCCUACUGUAGAAGCUCUUGUUAAGACUGGCUGAGACCUUGGCUUGGCCAUCUUGGCAGUCUUGACCAACGACGAAGGUGGACAGCCGCAGAUGCAACUCCUCACUUGAGCUCUCAUGGCUGGUCCUGUUUUGUCACCUCUGAUGCCUCAGUCUUGAAGCAAGAGUCUCUUCCCAACUUAUCCCAUCCUGACCUCACUUUCUGAUCCUGUCCUCCCUGGUAUUAAUUUAAUGACAUCCCUAUUUUGUGACUUGUGUAUUUAUUUCCCUUCCCUGUCUCAUUCCCCCAGGGUGGCUGUUAGAGAAAAGAAAGCUGAGAUAGGUGUAACAUGAAGAGAGUGCUUCACCCAGUCCAUAGGAUGGCAUCUUGGUUUUGAUACUGAGAAAUUGCCUAUCUGAUGGGAAGACCAGCCCCGUUCCUGCUUCCAGGUGCUGGUCUGCAGAUGAGUUUCAGGGCAUGUUUUUGAAGGUGCAGGCAAGCUGAGGAACAGAAGUCAACACUGUUCCAUGUUAUACAACAAGAGACUCUUAAUGCCCAUCUCUGCAUCACUUCCAGCUGUUCACUUUGUCUCUUACAUAUUUCAGUGAAGGAGGGCAGGCCUGGAGAAAAGGAAGUCAGUUUCAGAGAUGCUCAUGGAUGCACGCACAUGUUUCCAUUUGACCACUGCCAAAGCUCUGGUGCCAAUCAAGCCCCUCUUCCAUGCCAUUCUGCCUCUGGACUCCACUUGUCCCUUCUGGGGGAGUCCUUCUCCACCUCUUCACUCUCCAACGUUCAAAAAGCAGCCAACUGUGUCAAUACUGAUGGGAUUCAACAGGUUGCCAUGCCAAUAUUAAGGGGCUUUAAUUGGUCCCUGUACAGCACUCACUGUCCCAUUUGUGCCUUCCCCCAAGAUAAACAGAUGAGUGACCAGUUCCCACAUUUGCUACCAACCUUGUCCCAGUCUUUGCAGGUUUCUCACCAAAGGGCUGAAUCCUGUUCCAUGUUAGCACAUGCAUUCAGGUUCCAUGGACAUGUUGUAGACUCAGCCCACACAUUUUUAAUUGCUCAUGGAGGCCAUCCCACCUGAGAAGCUAAGCAACCAUAAAAACACUUCAGAAAAUACAGGCUGUUUGCCUUCAAUGUGAUGGACUUCAUAUGUUACUUUUUCCCAAGGAUCCUGUGUCACCUUAAAGGCUAACCAAAUUAUUGUGGAACAGGGCUCCGCUCAAUGACCAUUUGUGCCAUAAGAAACUUAUUAGUCUUUUACAAUGCGGCAAAACCCUUUGGUUUUGGCAGGCUACCAUGGCUACCAUUCUAGGAUGCUCUUUUUCCAAAAAUGCCCUUAGCAAAAAACCAAAAGUGCUUCUGCAAAUCUUUGGCAUUACAUCCCAUGUUUCUUCCUUACUCUUAACGUGUUAAGAGACUUCAGUUGGGAGCACGCUGUGUCUGCUUCCUUGAGCAUUUGUGAACCUUUGAAGAUUUUAUGUCUCUGUUUAGCUGCUACCGAAUUUGGAAGUCUCCUAAUAUAGUUCUGUAUUUUCUUGUAGCAUUUUGCACAGCUUAUGAGAACUAGAAUAGCUCCAAGAAGUGAUUGGUAAAGUUCCCUGUGCACAGACUUAAGGAUACCAUGUUUGGAGUAGGCAAUAAGGUUGUUGUGGAAAUGGGAAUUCUCAUGGCUGCCUCAUAAUUGUAAUAGCUAGCUCCCAGUAACUUUUUGGUGCUAAAGGGGGGGGGGUGUAGGUAUAACCAUCCCUCCCUGCUCAAGGUGACACAGCAUAUAUAAGGUUAUCUUGUGCUACCAACACUCCUUUCCAUGUAGUCUUUGUCACCCAUGGUCAAGCCGCUGUUAGCCCACAUCUGCACUGCAGAGUGGCAAGUGAUAGACACACAGACUAAAUAUGGGGCUGUGUGAAUUGUAGAGUGGGAGAAAGAGUGCAAAGAUGCCAUAUCAGCAACGGAAAGAUUUCUUAAUGUUCUUAAGAGAUUCCUACAGUAAAAGUUAUUUGGAUUCCAUUCGGGGUUUAUUGCAGCAGUGGCUUAAACAUCAGACCAUAUCAUCUCGUGCUAUGCAGUUGCCCUUCAGAAGUCACUUUCUCAGAAAGAAACCCAACAAUUUGUGAUUCUGGUGCUACCUUUGUUUUUAACAUUGUCUUCCAUUCUUGGGUUUUCUCAGUAUGAUGGACAACAGUAAGGCAAGGGGUCUCCUAAUUUCCAUGUUGUUCAAGGGGGCUAGAAUGUUCACAGUCCUAAGACAUUCCCACCACCUCUUGUCUUUACAGAAUUCUCAUAGGUUUCAAAAAGAUGACCAUGACAAAGCCAGGUGAAUAAAUAUGGGAAGUAUUCUUUUAACCCGUGGACACUACAAGUAUAUGGACUGUAUAUGUUGCUGUUUUCCCCAGGGAGGCCUCUCUCUAAAUGUCAUAACUUCAGAAGCAGUUGCAAGAUAACCCCAAAACUUCACUGUUUUUUUUUAACUCCCUUACAGCCACACAAAGGGCCUUUCUUCUAAAAGCAAAUCCAUCUGGUCAUGUCAACGGUUUUUAAAAAUUGAACCAAACACUUUUGCUUCCAUAAUUUUCCAGCCAUGAGGUUCAGUGACUUUAAGCAAAAUCCUAUUUCACAGUACGCAGCCUACUUCUCAGGGCAGCUGGGCUGAGCUCAUUGGGAAAAGGCUGUACAAUAGAAAAAAUGCAGGAAAUGUUGGAUGUCAUCAUUUGAGAGUGCUUUUU